AUGGAAUGCACGUUCGCGCAGUCGCCGAUUAAAAUUAUCCCUGCUUCGGCGAUCAAGUACAACCGGCACCUUAUUGAAGACGCUGAUCGAGGAGCGGUAGCCGACGUGCCAGUCAAUGCGCCGUAUUAUUCGGCUGUGAGGAGAACGGCGAUGUACGGCAGCCAUGGUCUGGCGUCUACGACGCCUAUCAGACUUCCUCGCUUGUACCCCGACGGGCAGUACUCACAGAGUCAGGUGUCGUACCACGGAUUGCAGACACUGCCGAUGCCGAGGCUGUCGCGGGCUCGCAGCUACGACUCCGGAUUCGUGCUCGGAAACAAUAACCGUUACGAAGUCAGCACCUUCUCCGGACCUUACCGAAGCCAAGAACCACUGUACAGGAAGCGCUAUUACGCCCACAGCCAACCGGACAUCCGAGACACGAUGUCAGUCGAGUCGUACGGAGCCGUUCAGCCGGUCAAGCGUCGAACGUACAGAGUUUUCAGUCACAACUAUCCAACUAUUGCCGGCGCAAUUGUAAUCGCGUGCGUUGCAGCCGCCGCUGAAAAGCUGCCGUUCUAUGCUUUCGUUCAGAAGACCCGUACCGAAGGUCAACUGUUCGUCAUCAUCGCAGCAUCCAUAUGUCUGUCAUUGACCGUACUUCUUUUGGCAGCGGUGUCUUUUCUGGCCAAGGUGAAGGCUCUUCGAUAUACAGACGCUAUAUUGAGCGCAGCGUUCGCCGUCCUCUAUAUAGUAAUCAGCGGUGUCGAAAUAUGGUACGCCACAUGUUAUCCUCCUUACGGUGCUGCGAAUCCAUCGGUCUGCUAUUUAGACAAAUGGGCUGCUGCAUCAGUCUGCUACGAGCGCAAGUCCACGUUUUCCUAA